AUGCAGAAAAUCGAGCCCGGCGACGUUCCGGGAUUUCUGCCCGAGGUUCCGGAAUUCACCGAACCGCACGAAAACAAUAACGAAGCAUGGAAACCAAGCUCGGCCCGGAUUAUUGGAGCUACGACGGCCGGUACUCGGGCGCUCGCAUCCCAGCUCUUCACAUUUUACAUCCGUGUGCCUGUCAAGCUCUUUCGACCUACCAGAGUCGACUACUUAGCGCUUCCACGGGCGCUGUCUCCAAACAGCGACAAACCUUGGAGCUUCAAAACACACAGCAGUCCGGCUCUGAUUGCCAACGCAGUCAAACAGCAUGGCUGGGGUUUUAUUCCAAAUCAAUUGCUGCCCCCCUUAUUGGCGAACUCGGCCGUAGGACUGGUAUUGUACUCCACAUAUCUGGGAUGUCUACCAUUAUUCAAAUCAGAGAAAGACCGACAAAAGGAGGAUGAAGAAGACGAACACCAACGACAACUGCUGCUAAGGAAAUCAUGGUAUGAUACCCAGGGAAUGGACGGCUCGCAUGUGAAAUACAUCAUCGAUGAACUCAUGCCUCAUCGAUACACGUUCAAACAGACGUUUUGUGCCGGAGCAGUCGCUGGAGCAGCCCAGGCAGUAGCUGCAGCACCAAUCGACGCCAUCUACAGGCGUUCUUCGAUAGCAGAAGUGCUCAAGACCAAACAGUUGCCCUCUAUGUGGUCCUAUGGAAUGGAGAAGUUGCGCCAAACAGGUGCACCAGGUGUCUUUGCUGGCUUUACGUUGUCAGUUGUCAAAGAGAGUCUGGGUUUUGGGGUCUUUUUUGCCACGUUCGAAAUGGUUAAGGGAUCGUGGUACAGGUCCUAUGCCAAGUGGCUGUAUGCUGAUCGUCUCAAGGAACAUCCUUCAGGCUUUGAUGAGAAUGGAAAAAGCAUCGUCAACAAGGUCCUAGCACCUUUCAGCAUCCUUGUAGCUGGAGCAGCAGCCACCAUCUCACUGCAUGUGGUUCAGUUUCCUCUUCAGAAGCUGCAGGGCAUCUACCUGACUCGUCUCGAUACUCAAGACCUCAUUGACGCAAGAAAACAACUGGAAGCUAACCGAUCCAAGGAGCAAAAGACACAGAACAAACUUGGAGAGCGAAUAAAACAUCAGGCCAGUCCCGCCUCUCCUUUCCAGUCAACAUUUCUAUGCUACGAGCGUCGGAUUCACCACAGAAACCCUCUUAUGGUGGAACUGUCUGAAACGCUGGAGGAGACUCUUCCCAGAACGCAUUCACUUCUUGUGAAGUUUGGUAAGGGAUGGAGUAAGACCGUCAACUUUUCUAUUAGAUGUUUUACUACUCUUAGAUACAGAAUCUUCCCGGGUAUCCAUCUCUACUACCGAGCCUACGUUGAGACUCUGCAUACAGCCAAUAACAUCCGAAAGGGUCUGCGGUUGAGUUGGCCCAGAUACCUAUACCAUGGUUGUGGCUGGACGACCCUCAGUGCGCUUCCGUCUACGUCUAUCGGUCUGUUCGUGUUUGAAAUCAUGAGAAUUCGAUUUGGCCAGGAAGACGACCCACCUAUGAAGGUGUUUGAGGACUAA